AUGGCAGCCGAAGUGGAAAUAAAUACCGACUUCGAAGAAGAAGUUACAUAUUUUAUCAACACUGAAGUUGGCGACGAUGUAAAAUCUCUCGGAAAAGUUAACGAGAUACGUCAGCAGCUGAUGGAACAAAAAAAGUCAUUGGAAGAACGAUUAUCAGCUGCAAGUUCUGAAGUCCCACAAAGAAUAAAUGAAGCUUUAAAUGAUGCAGAGUCUGCUGUGAAACGGAUGCAGGAAUUGGCUAUUGUUGAGAAAGAAACCAGAAAUGACAUCACUAGGCACCUUACAAAGGCAGAACCUAUCAUAAAUGAGUUGUCUAAAAUGACAAAUCAGGUUAAGGAACUAGAGAAAUACAUGAAUUAUAUGAAAUGGGUAGAAGAAGUCGAGAAAUUAAGUUCAGAGAUCCAACUGUCCCUCGUAGCUGGAGGAAUCCCCAGUGCUGUCAUACAUUUUGCUGACUUAGCAGAACUCAGUGAAGCUAUUCAAGGCUCAUCGUGUCAUAAUCUGAUUGAUUUUGUGAGUUCCACUGUGCUGUUCUGGUACAAGAUUCUCAAAGAUAACAUUUCAAGUGAAUUUGAUGAAGUUUUGAAGAUCUUAAGGUGGCCUUUCAUUUCAUCCACUGUUCCAGGUCCCCCAUUACCAAACCAUGCUGAACUCAUACUCAAGAUGGAGACAUUAUUUGGGCAACUCCUGAAGUUACAGUUACCGUAUCCUUGUAUACGUAAUUUCGUUUAUGAUAAUCUGUGUAGUGAUAAUCUGAGUAGUGAUGAUAAGUCCAUAUUAGAGUAUUCUUCAUUACCAGGGUGUAGGCCUAUAUUGUUACCAUUGCAGCUACUGCUGAAUCCACUUAAAAAAAGAUUUAAGUACCACUUUUAUGGAAAGAAACAAACUAAUAAUAUAAGCAAGCCUGAAUGGUAUUUUACACAAGUAUUGAACUGGAUUCGUGAUCACUGUACAUUUUUAGAUAACACUGUACAACCAAUGUUAAACAAGGCAGGGUUGGCAAACCUGGAUGCAAGGGUAGAGUUUAUCCGUGGUUUGAUGGUUAUAGUUACAUCCAAGCUAUCCCAAGACAUCCCUGACCUACUAUAUGAUGAAAACCUGCUCUCACACACCAUUGAUGAAGCUUUACUGUUUGAUCGUGAAGUCAGGAGUAAUUUUGGUUAUUCUGCCAGCCAACCUGGAUGCCUGCAUAUACUCACAGAGCAUGACUGCUAUGAGAAAUGGGUGAACGUGGAGAAGAAAUUUGCUGUGGAAAAAACUGAUAAUCUGUUAGCAUCUGCCAAUGCGUGGACGUCGCAGUAUAAAGACAUCAGUGAUGUAGAUGAACUCAAAGUACCAGAAUGUGCAGAGAAUUUUAUGACACUUUUACUAGUAAUUACAGAUCGUUACAAGAAUCUGCCAUACCCAGUCCACAGAUUACGAUUUCUUGAACUGCAACUAGAACUGCUUGAUGAUUUCCGAAUACGGUUGCUGCAAGUGAUGAAAGAGGAAUCUAAGGUUCCACUGGAGCCUAAUUUUAGUGCAAUAUUAAAUGCGUUGAACUAUGUCAUGGUUGUUCUUCAGGAGUGGUCGGAGCAGGUGUUUUUUUUACAUCUUCAGUACUUUAAAAUGGAGCAGGAGAGUUUUAAUACAGCAGUUGAGCAGAGCCAGGGAUCAUCUGCCCUUGAUCAGAGUAUUCUUACGCAGGCAUUUGAUGAAAGUAAACUUGAUAAAAUGGAAGGGACCGUCUUUGAUGAAAUUAUAAAUCUGUAUAAGAUUCUACGACAUGAGAUGGUUAGCAUCAUGUCUGCUGCUGUUGUUGAUGAUGUCAAAGCUAAAAGUAGAAGUUAUAGAGUAGAUAAAUGGUUUUCAAUGCCUUCACAGAAAAACUUCAUAGUGCUUGGGUUAUCUGCUUCAGCCUGUGAUAUGCUUCAAAUGCUGAAAGACAGACUGCACCUUGUACAACAACAGGUGUGUCUUUCUAUAUUUAACACCAUCUGGCAGAAAGUUGCUGAGUCUCUCAAUAAGUUUAUAUAUGAAGAGGUUAUUUUGAGUAACAGAUUCAAUGAAGGUGGUGCUGCACAGCUACAGUAUGAUAUGACACGUAAUCUAUUUCCAAUGUUUGGUGAAUAUACCCAAAGACCUGAUAAUUAUUUUAAAGACGUAAAGGAAGCCUGUAUUCUACUGAACCUCAACUUAGGUUCAGCCAUCUUACUGCGAGAUGUACUCUUCCAUGCUUUGCAUGAGGACACAUCGGAUGACAGUCCUACCACUCCAAAGCCACGACCUGCAUUGAAUGAUAUUGGAGUCUAUAGGCUAACACCAGCAUCGGCUGAGAGAAUAUUGAAUUUAAGAACUGAUUGGCCCAAGACAUGA